GCAAAAGAGCCUGCAUUACGAAGCCUAUUGAUUGGGCAACAGGCUGGUACAACUGAUCUCUGAUCGGCGUGUUGACGCGGUGCCGACCGGCUUUCACCUGUCUGCCAAGGCAGGCGCCCUUGAUUUAGGGUUACGCUGCGGCGCCGCGCCCUACACACUGAGGAUGUGCCUCUGCGACUUGCUCUUUACCGGUCCCGCGUUGCCCGUCCGGUCAACUCCGACCCUACGGGGCGGUUCGGAUCAGCAUUCGAGAGGGGCGGCUCGAUGCUGCUUCUCGCCCGCUGCAGGUGCGGGGACACUUUUGUGGGGACCAGCCUCUUAUAAUUGGAAAGCCUGGACCAAUGGCCGCGAGCUCUGGCAGGAGUUCAGAAUGAUUCUAGUGUCGAUACUUUCGUUUCCUGCGUCUUCAUCAAUUUCCCUCAACCUCCGCGCUUGUUUCACUCUUACAACCUACCGAAUCGUCCUCAUCCUGUUGUCUUGGACCUCAGCUCUGGGUUUGCACGUACAGACGAAGAUGGUGUACAUGGGCCGGUGCCGGGAACGCUUGCUCCACCAGGGAACGUAUAUCUGCGGCGGCGGUACUCGACUGUCCAAAGACAAUAAUAGCCCCUACUACGCCGAGAACCUCAGCCCGCGGACGAUCUGGGGAUUGUGAGCCUUGAGGUUUACGCCUGCUCCCACCGCCGUCAGUCGAUCAACGCCGCCGCAGCUGCAAAUGGGAGGCAACUGGCCCUUCGCCCCUUUUGCCCCUCCGACUGCGACUGAACCUACUCAUUCCCUCCAACCGAGACGAAAUGCAACGCCGCCUCGAGCCGUUUACGCGGCGCCC